AUGGAGGAAGAAGAGCGGCCCAGGAAGCUGCAGAAGACGGAGCAUAAGGAAACAACAGAAUCGACUACGACAGACAAUGGCGAACCUGUGAUGUCUGGUACACUAAAAUCUGGUGACGAGCCCGCUAUUGAAACAAGCGACGAGAAUACCAAACUAGCAACGACCACGGCUAACACCCUUCAAAAUCAAACGAACGAGACAGAAGAAAAACAAGAAGAAGCCACUGAAGGAAAUGUCACAGCUCCGGGAGUCCCCCUGUCCAAGAGACAACAGAAACGAAUGCUCAGACAGCAGAAGUGGGAUGAACAAAAAGAAGAACGCAAGAAGCAACGAAAAGAGAAAAACAAACAGCGCAAGAUACGCAAGAGGGAAGAAUGGCAACACAUUGUAGAAGAGAAUGGAGGCAAUAUUCCCCCUAAAAAACGAUCAGUUCUCGUCCCCGUGACACUGGUGAUUGAUUGUGGAUGGGACCACUUGAUGGAUGACCGGCAGCGAAUUUCACUCGGUUCGCAAAUCACACGAGCAUACUCGGAUAAUUCCAAAGCGGCGUAUAGGUCUCAUCUUAUUAUAUCUUCUUUCGACAAGUUGCUGAAAGAGCGGUUCGAUACGGUGCUUCGAAAAAUGCACGAGAAUUGGAGGGGUAUUCGGUUCAUGCCAGAAGAUUUUGUUCAUGCAGCUGAGCAGGCUAAGGAAAAUAUGAAAGGACCUCAUGGUGGGAACCUGGCAGGUGCCUUUGCAGACAAAGAAGGCUUUGCACCCGAGAAUGGAGAAGUUGUCUACCUGAGCAGCGACAGUCCCAAUACGUUGACUGAGCUCAAACCAUACAGCACAUAUAUCAUCGGUGGACUCGUAGACAAAAAUAAACACAAGGGAGUCUGUUACCAGAAAGCCAUAGAAAAGGGCAUGAAAACUGCAAAACUGCCGAUUGGAGAAUACCUGCGCAUGGCUUCGAGACCCGUUUUGGCGACCAACCACGUUGCUGAAAUUAUGAUGCGAUGGUUGGAACUUGGAGAUUGGGGUGAGGCCUUUUUGAGGGUCAUUCCGCAACGAAAAGGUGCUCAAAAAAGGGAUAGAUCGGAUCACGCAGAGGAUGUCGAAGACGAAGAUGAGUCAGAGACUGCUGGUGAUAAUGCAGACAUGGCCUCAUCAGGCGAAGAGGGCGGUGGUGAAGCCGAACAGCUCGAAAGCAGCGCCGAGGCAGCAUAG